AUGUCUACAAAAGCGAAUGCAAUCACUGGAUAUACUUAUGAUGAUUUGAUGCUUAAACAUGAAUGUCCAUGGGCAAAAGAUCAUCAUGAAAGUCCUCGUCGUUUAUCAUCAAUUCUUGAUCGUUGUCGUGAAUUAAAUUUAUUUGAUCGUUGUCUUUUUGUUAAGUCUACUCCAGCAAAUGAUAAUGAUAUUUUAUUAUAUCAUAAUGAAAGUUUAUUGAAAAAAUUAUCGAAAGCACCCGUUCAAAAUAUUGAACAAUUAAAACAAGUCUGUCAAGAAUAUGAAGAUGUUUACAUGAAUGAAUAUACAUUUGAUGCAGCUAAAUUAGCUGUUGGUGGUUCACUUAAUCUUCUAGAUAGUAUAAUGACCAAUCAGUGUCGAAAUGGUUUUGCUCUUGUACGUCCACCAGGUCAUCAUGCAUCGAAGAAUGAAAUAAAUGGCUUUUGUUUAUUCAAUAAUGUAGUUAUAACAGCAAAAGCUGCUAUCGAAAAAUAUAAUGCGCAAAGAGUUUUAAUUCUCGAUUGGGAUGUACAUCAUGGUCAAGGUACACAAUAUGCUUUUUAUGAUACUAAUAAAGUUUUAUAUAUCUCAACUCAUCGAUAUGAGCAUGGUGCAUAUUGGCCACAACUAGCAGAAUCAGAUUUUGAUCAUAUUGGAGAAGGUGAUGGACGAGGUUUUAAUGUGAAUAUACCAUUAAAUAAAACUGGAUUAAAAAAUGCUGAUUAUAUGUAUAUAUUUUUUAAUAUUAUUUUACCAAUUGCUUAUGAGUAUGAUCCUGAUUUGGUACUUGUCUCAGCUGGAUAUGAUGUAGCUUUGGGUUGUCCAGAGGGCGAAAUGAAAGUUACACCUGAUACAUUUGCACAUUUAACACAUUAUUUAAAAGGUUUAGCUAAUGGAAAAGUGAUGGUACUUCUUGAAGGUGGUUAUUGUAUUGAUACCUUAGCUGAAAGCGCUGCAUGGACACUACGAUCAUUGCUUGGUGAUCCAUGUUCACCUUUACAAGCAUGUGCAAACCCUGAUUUAACAGUGAAAAAAACUGUUGCUUGCUGUAAAAAUGUAUUGAAAGAUUAUUGGCAAUCAUUACGUAUUGAUUUAACUGAAAAAAGUCAAGUUUGGAUAGAAGAAGCAUUACAUAAACGAUCAUUAAAUGAAUUGGCGACUAAUGAAAAUCGACCAAAGCAAUAUGAUUUAACUCCUACACUCAUUAUUGAUCGAACAGGGGAACAAUCAAAAAAACUUCAGCAAAAUAUCAAACGUGCAAUUGAAUUAGCACCACAUCACAAGCCACUAGAAAGGGGACCAACACUUCUUGUUUAUGAUGAACUUAUGAGAAAAUUUAGUGUUGGUAAUCAUUGUGAGCGACCUGGACGAAUUGUAGCAAUAUGGAAAGGUCUAAAAAGUCGUGGUCUUGAUCAACGUUGUACAAUGAUUCCAAGUCGUCAUGCAACUAAAGAUGAAAUUCUUCUCGUUCAUACUAAUAGAUUCUAUGACGAUUUAGAAACGACAAAAACGCAGACUAAAAAAGAAUUACAGAAGCGAGAAGGUGUAAGCCGUUCUGUCGACUAUACAAAUGAAGUAUUUGAUAAUGCUCUUCUAGCGGCCGGUUCUUGUUUAAAUAUGGUUGAUGCAAUAAUGACCGAUAAAGGACGAAAUGGUUUUGCUAUUAUCCGUCCACCUGGUCAUCAUGCGCAUUCCGGUAUGGAUUACGGUUUUUGUUAUUUCAAUAAUGUUGCUAUUUGUGCAAGAUAUUUACAGAAGAAUUAUAAUCUUCAACGAAUUUUAAUCGUUGAUUUUGAUUAUCAUAUGGGUGAUGGAGUCAAGGAUGUUUUCUAUGAAGACCCAGGUGUACUCUAUAUAUCAUUACAUUGUAAUGAUGCCUUUCCACCAAAUGAAGGUCAUCCGAAGGAUAGUGGAAAAGACAAAGGACUUGGAUUUAAUGUCAAUAUAGGAUGGUUAAAUUUUGAUCCACCAGCUGUUGAUGCAGAUUAUAUAAAUGCUUUUCAUCAUGUAGUUUUACCAAUGGCUUAUGAAUUUAAUCCAGAAUUUGUAUUGGUUUGUGCUGGUUUUGAUGCAGCAGAAGGAGAUCGAAUUGGUUGGGGAAAAUUAACAGCUUGUGCUUAUUCCCAAAUGACUCAUAUGUUACUUCCAUUAGCUAAUGGUCGAGUUUUGGAAGUCCUUGAAGGAGGUUAUUGUUUGCAUCAAUUAAAUAUUUGUGGUUCAGCUUGUGUAGCUACACUUCUUGGUGAUGUACCUGUUCGUUGUUCUGAAGAUUCUGCUAAAUAUCCUCAAGAUGAUGUAUCUGUUCGAACUAUUCAAAUGAUUAAGGAUAUUCAUCGACCAUAUUGGUCAUCAUUAUUUACAAUUCCUGAUGAAGAUGAUAAUGAAAUUGAUAAAUUAGCAGAGAAUCUUCAAAAAACGGCUUCAAUUAAAAAUUAA